AUGGAAGAGUUAGAGAGACAUGUCAGUGAAGUAACAGACGUGAGGGUUCAUAGCUAUAUAGCUGUACAGGAAGCCCAUGUUGAUGGCUUUGGGCAGCAGCACUUGGCCCCAGCAUGCAAAUGUGCUACAGGAACUACUAAAGAUGUAGCAGAAGAAUCCAUAUCAGAUGAUGACAAAAGGAGGAACUAUGGUGGUGUGUAUGUUGGGCUGCCCUCGGACGCGGCUGCCAUGGUUUCCAGCCAGACGAAAACUGCACCAAAAGUCUUCUACUGA